AUGGCGCCGUCGCAAAUGAGCUAUGCCCCCACGUUGGGCAAGCUCCUCAAGUCUCUCAACACUCAGCCCUUGGAGGCUUCUAUCGAGGCUCUGAUCUACCUCCUAAAACGUCGCCAAGUCAAGGGCGAUGAUGUCGCCAAUGCCACAGCCCAUAUGCUGCUCCAGGUCGUCGCCAACUCUAAGUGGCAGAACGUCGACCAGCUGCUUGCAAAGGUCUCCAACACCGGCCACAGACUCGCCCAAGCUGCUCCCACUGAGCAAGUCAUCGGCAACGUUGUCCGCCGAGUAAUGGGUCUUAUUCGUGAUGAGGCUUCCGAGGACAGAAAUGCCGACGAGAUGGGCGACUCAGUAUCCGACCUCUCCCAGCUGCCCACAACGCCCACCAUUUCCACAAGGCCAGGCCCCACGCCCCUCCGCGCCGCGACUCUCCCCAUGUCCAAGUCGAUGUUCAACCUUCUCUGCGUCUCAGAGACCGUCCAAUCGCCAGUCACCGGCGCAUCCACCCCCAUGUCCCAGGGCGCAUCUGCCAACAUGCAUGCCCUACGGUCCGAAGUUAUCGAUGGCAUCGAAGAGAUUAUGGAUGAGAUCAGCCAGGCGGACGACCAGAUUGCGGGUUUCGCGGACAUCCAAAUUCACCCCGGCGAUUACGUGCUCGCCUACCUCCCCUCCCCAACAGUCGAGAGGUUCCUCGUCAAAGCCGCAGCAAAGAGGAGGUUUACCGUUUUCCUCGCCAGCGCUGAGCGUCAAAAACCCGGCGAGGUGCCCCAUGCUGCCCUACGGAAGAAGCUCAACGGUCUCGGGGUCAACACCAUCAGCCUGGCUAGCAACGGCUUGAUGGCCUAUAUGCCUAGGGUGAACAAGGUUGUUAUCAGCGCCAAGGCCGUAUAUGCGAACGGCGGUAUUUCCACAGAGAGUGGGUGCAGUACUGCUGCCAGGGCGGCGCAGGAGUACUCCAAGCCUGUUAUCGUUCUAAGCGGUGUUUACAAGUUCUGCCCCGUAGAUCCGUCGGACGAUGGGACCGAGUUCGAGCAGGGCGAUUCUUCGACGUAUGUCGACUAUGCCGACGGUGAGGCAGUCGAUGCCCUCGAGGUAGAGAACAUCGUGGGCGAGUACCUGCCACCCCAAUACGUCGAUGUAUACCUAACAAACCUUGGCCCCCAAACACGAGAUCAUCUUGCCACCAUCAUGGCCGACCAUUACAAGCUCGAAGAUAUGGGCUUGUCUUUGCAUCUGCCUUAA